UCAUACCAUAAACAUUUCUGGAAACGUGAUGAAUAUCAACGAACUAUUAAUGACGCAUCAUCAAAACAUAAACAAACCAUGUUUAUGUUGACAAGACGUUGAUUAUUUUUCGAAUUCAGACAGUUAGAAAGCCAAAUAUAUAGCACCAUGACACAAAUACAGCUUGGAAUGGCUGCUGCUUAUAGGAAUAGCCUUAUAAGGACCAGAUUGUUUGAUAGUCAAGGAUGUUCAUCUCAAAAGUGGGUACAUACUACAGACAAAAGAGAAUCUUCUAAUCUACAGACCAUUAAGAGGAAUUACUCUGGUAGUGAUGGGGAUGGAGGUACCAAUAGUAAGGGAGACAACUCACAUCCUGUAACUAAAAUUAAAAACAAUGUCAGUUGGAUCAUGAAUAGCAUCAAAGUACCACAGAUAACCAUUCCUGAUUGGAGGAAAUUUGCACCGGAAGAAAUGAAUUUUACCGAAAGUGUCAGAAAGAAUAAAGAUAAAAUUGUAGACAGUUUAGUUCUUAAAAAACAACAGUUAAAAAAGUUUCAAAUGACAAAGAAACAGAAGUCAGACGAAACAAAUUCAAGCAAACCUUCUGAGCCAAAGUCUGAUGCUUUUUCUUCUCAUAUUCAAGAAUACAAUGACAGCAUUGUAUCAUUCUAUGACACUUCAAAUUUGAAUGGUGAGAGUCAGACUGUUAUAAAAGUAAAAGUCAAUGAAGAAGAUAUACCUCCAGUAACAAAAGCUGACAAUAAAGUUGACGAAGCAUGGUUAUCAAGAAUUGUAGGUCUAGGUUUCUUUUCAAGCGCACCCACCAGUGAGGUACAACAAGACAGUAAACCAGUGGUGAGAAAAGAUUUUGUAUCCAAAGCUUCAAUAGAUAGCAGAACAAGAGGAUUGGUACAUAAUCUAAAACAGGCCUCAUCACAAGUAUCAAAGCUGAAGAGGACUGAGGACUUGUGUACACAUCUCAUUCAGUUUCCUGAUUCCAGAACCACUGCCAUGAAGGAAAAAUGUUUACCUACCUUAUUAAGACUACACAAGACAAAACACAGACAACUGAAAGCUGAGGUAUCACAGGCCCUGUCUCUGGUUGGUUAUGUUCACCCUCCUAAAGGAAAAGGUGUAAGAGUUCUUUCUAUUGAUGGUGGUGGUACAAGAGGAGUCAUAGCAAUCCAAACAUUAAAGAUGAUUCAGGAACAGUGUAAGACAGAUAUUACAAAGUGUUUUGACUAUGUGUGUGGUACUAGUCAGGGGUCCAUUCUAGCCUGUCUUAUUUUUUUGUUAAAAGUUCCUCUAGCAGAGGCUGAAGAACGUUACAUGGAAUUUAGUCAAAUGUUCAACAGAAAUGCAGUGUAUGGCACUGGUAAACUGGUUUGGGAACAAGCUUUUUAUGACACUGAUUUGUGGGAAAAGAUCCUCAAGAUGAAUUUCUCUGAAGAUAAGACGAUGGCUGACUGUGCUAAAGAUGAUACCUGUCCAAAGGUAUCAGCCAUCUCCUGUCUACUAAACGUUCCCAAGAUGAAGAGUUUUAUGUUCCGUACCUACAACCUACCACCUGGAGUGUAUUCCCAUUAUCCUGGUAAUUGUAAACAUAAAGUAUGGGAAGCCAUCAGAGCCUCUUCUGCUGCUCCUGUUUACCUAAAAGAAUUUGUACUUGGAGACUUUAUACAUCAGGAUGGUGGAUUAAUGGCCAACAAUCCAGCUGCUAUUGCGGUGUCUGAAUGUAAACUGUUAUGGCCAGAUGAGCCAAUUCAGUGUGUUAUUUCCCUUGGAAAUGGACGUUUUGAACCCAAUUUAGAAAUCACACCGAGUAAAAAUGCUGUGAAAGAAAAAGUGGCAAAAAUUAUAGAUGCAGCUACAAAUACAGAAGUUGUCCACACAAUUCUCCAAGACUUAUUGCCAACAUCAACAUACUAUCGUUUUAAUCCUUACAUGUCAGAAGACAUCCGAUUGGACGAGAAAAGAACAGAGAAACUUAUACAAAUGCAACAAGACACUGAAAUGUAUUUACGUAAAAAUGAAUUUAAACUGAAAUGUGCUACUGAACAAUUACUGAAACAAAGACAGCCACACCAACAAGUAUUAGAUUACAUUAAACUAAAAGCCGAUUCUUCUUUUUUUGCUGAUUCUAAAAUAUUAUGAGAAACAAAAGUUUUAUAGCUUUAUCUGUGAUAAACUAGUCAUAUUGAUGGUUAGGAUGUAAUUUUAAUUUUUGAUAAACUCAGUCAUUUGACUUUUAUGAAAAGAACUCUUUCCUCUACAGUUUUUCGUAAAUGACCUAUAUUUCACUCUGUUUUAUAAAAUACAAUUU